CGUCUCUCUCGCCCGCGCCGCACACUCACACUCACAGACUAUCCCACUCACCACCAGGCAACCCUCACGUCAACACCAUCCACUUAUUUUUCCAACGAAAUCGCCAGCGUGGAUUUAUUUACACCAGUGACAUCAUAAGAAAUCGAGUAAGACGGCGUUUGUUGGGUUGAGCCGUCUCCCAACGAGGGCGUGACAGGAGUGAGUGAGUGUGUGUGGUGUAGUGUACCUUAGUGGCUAACUGGUGGUGCCCGCCGAGCAGUGAGGUGUUUGUGGCCGCUUUCCACCCGGCCUGGCCACCACCAUUCCCUUCCCCCAAGUGUUGAUGGUGCCCGCGUGGUGUUAGUGUUGAUCCCGGCUGGCUUUGGUGCUCAUGUGGACGUGAUCUUAGCCGCCUGUCUGUUUGUCUGCCAACCCGUACCGUAGCGACCCCGGUGCCGCUGGGAUGAAGAGGCCUGUGUCUGAAGUAUACUGCACCUCUCCUUACAUCGCUGUUCCACAGCUGCAGGGCUUGCAGGCUGCUGUGCCCCCUCCACAGGCUGCUCCUGUACCCUAUCCACUACACCAGAGCAGCCUAGCGCCUGCAUACUCUCCAGCCUUCACGCACGCUCUCACACCCGUCUCUGUGAGCCCGGCACUCACACCCGUUUCUGUGAGCCCGGUGCUCCCUCACUACAACCCAAUGAUGCACUUCAUAGACCAGCGUGGCUCUGAUGAGCUGCUGUCGCAGACAGGAGCGGUGAGCAAUGGCUCGGUCAUGAGUCCAGCUCCUAACCACGCGGACAACAACAAUGAUGCCAAAAAGGUGAAGCUGGACACUAAGAACCCUGGGGCCCCGUCCCGCGUGAUCCACAUCCGCAACAUCCCCAAUGAGGUGACUGAGGCGGAGAUCGUCCACCUUGGAAUCCCCUUCGGGAAAGUUACCAAUGUGCUCGUCCUCAAGGGUAAAAACCAGGCUUUCCUGGAGAUGUCCGAUGAAGUGUCUGCUACCACAAUGGUUAACUACUUCACCAACUGUACCGCCCAGCUGCGGGGUCGGGCCGUUUACGUCCAGUUCUCCAACCAUAAGGAGCUCAAGACCGACCAAACCCACUCCAACGCGCAGAACCCUAGUGCACAGGCCGCGCUGCAGGCAGCCCAAGCCCUGGUCAACCAGUCUGACACCCAGGGCGGCCCUAACACCGUGCUCCGCGUUAUUGUUGAGCACAUGAUCUACCCGGUCACCCUUGACGUCCUGUAUCAGAUAUUCUCACGUGUUGGGAAAGUGCUGAAAAUUGUGACCUUCACAAAGAACAAUACAUUCCAAGCUCUGAUUCAGUACCCAGAUGUGGUUACUGCUCAGGCUGCCAAAAUGACUUUGGAUGGGCAGAACAUCUAUAAUGCAUGCUGCACACUGCGCAUUGAGUACAGCAAACUGAGCAACCUUAAUGUGAAGUACAACAAUGAUAAGUCCCGGGACUACACCAACCCCAGCCUUCCAACUGGUGACCCAGCCUUGGAUUCUGCCUUGGCCAUUGGUGGUCCCCCUGGUGUGCUAGCCUCCCCGUUUGCUGCAAUGCAUGGACUCUCGUCGCCGCUAACCGCUGCCUAUGGGGCCUCACCUGCGGGAGUUUCUUCUAUUUCAGCUCCUAAUCUGAACUUACCGAACCGUACUGGCGAGAAUGCUACACCAACAGGCAUGCCCUUCACAGGUAUGCCCUUGGCAGGAGUCACCCCGACAGCCGCUGCCCUUGGUGCUGCAGGAAUCCGUCUGCCUGGCCAGCCCUCCCCCAACUGUGUCCUGCUGGUGUCCAACCUGAAUGAGGAGAUGGUCACGCCUGACGCUCUCUUUACCCUCUUCGGGGUGUAUGGAGAUGUUCAGAGGGUCAAGAUUCUCUUCAACAAGAAGGAUAAUGCCUUAGUGCAGAUGUCUGAGCCCCACCAGACACAGCUGGCAAUCUCUCAUCUGGACAAGAUGAAGACAUGGGGUAAGCAGAUCCGUGUGACAUUGAGCAAGCACCAGACGGUGCAGCUUCCCAAGGAAGGCCAACCUGAUGCUGGCCUUACUAAGGAUUACAGCAAUUCUCCUCUGCACCGCUUCAAAAAGCCAGGCUCUAAGAACUACCAGAACAUUUACCCCCCAAGUGCUACUCUUCAUCUGUCCAACAUCCCGCCCACUGUUGAUGAAGAACAGAUCAAGGAAGCCUUCACUCAGGCUGGUGCUGUUGUCAAGGCAUUCAAAUUCUUCCCACAUGCCUCGAACAUCAAGGAAGAUGCGAGAGAUGCGGGAGAGACUGAGGAGCAGACAGGAACGCCUACAGGCCUUGUGAAGACACCAUUUAAGGACAGGAAGAUGGCCUUGAUUCAGCUUGGUUCAGUUGAGGAAGCCAUUGGUGCACUCAUUAAAAUGCACAACUUCCAGCUGAGUGACUCUUCUCACCUGCGUGUGAGCUUCAGCAAGAGUACCAUUUAGACAAGCCAACCAUGGAAGGCAGGUUGAGGGAUACCGUACCUAGGGAUCAAAUUCCUGCGGGAUACCAAGUACCUCAGGGCCAUUUGAGACACAGGUCUGAGAAGAGAAGAAAGAUCCCAGGACAACAUCCCACUUGUCGGCCACCUCAGUGGUAUCGACUUUUUUUACCUUAGGGCAUGGCAUUUUUAUUAAUAUAAUUAUACCUAGCUUAACCAAAUGUGUUACACUAUAAGGAGGCAGGACCUAGAAAUAUUUACGUACAAGUGAGAGAGAUGAUAAAUGAGCUGAAUUCAGGAUGAUACACUUUUGACAAUGGAACUCAAUUUGGAGUUUGGUUUAUUUUGUAUACCCACAAAUGUUUGGGUAAUUGGGUGACCAAUACCUAUGUACAUUCUGCUAGAAGUAAAUUCUGCCAGACAGCCUGAAUGUCUUUUUGUAUGUAAGGUGAAGGUUUACACAGUAUUAGGGGUAGUCUUGCCCCUUUAGUGGGUGAGUAGACCUCUGGUACUAGUAUUAUCACAGUGGAUCCUCGUGCUCUCUGAGAUUGCCAAGGAAUUAGUGUUAAAACCUCAGCUAGCAUGAGCCAGAAUUGAUUCUUUUAAAAAGGUAGCUCUUUUUAUUUUAAGUGUUUUGCAAGUGAUGCAUGUUAGAGCUAGAUUGUGUAAGAUAAAUUGAAAUUAGGGGAGAAGAGAUGAGGCAAAAUUAUUAUUAUUUAUGAAAAGUAGCCAUUCAAAUUCUUGCUAUCCAUAUUUUCAGACAAAAUGGAGGAUUUAUUAUAGAAAUGUUAAUAUGGUAACUUAUCUUACAGUAUCAGUGUUAUGAAAGCAUAUAUUUUUGCAUUUUUGACGUCUCCAAAGUGUAAACUGAUACCAAUACUUUUCUUAAUCACCUUCCGUCUGGGAUUUUUUCUCUUGAUCAUUCCAACUUUGAAAAGUCUUCUUUACAUUUGCUCGAUGAUUCCAGUGUUUGUAGGGUAGGCAGACAGGGGCUGUGGUUGUUGUGCCCAGUUUUAAUGAAAGCAGUGACUGGAACAGCUGUUACCAAUCAUUAUUGUCCUCCUGUACCUUGAGCAGCUUGUGGGAUUGAUUGAGAGUUUGUGCUUGUAACAAGCAAAAAUGGGUCUAUGGAUCCUUGAUGAGAGGGCAAACAGAGGAGACUGCAGCUGUAGCCAUGAGUAUAGGUGGCUUGGUGUAGGUUUCCUGUAAGGUAGCCUAUGGAGUUGAACGUCUGUCCAUAGGUAAUAAAGGUAUGUGAAGUUUGAAGUUGGUUUACCUUGUGCUAACUUGACAACGCUGGUUGACUCUGGGUUUGCCAAGGAUAUCACAGCAGCUCGGGUCAGUGAGCGGACUGUACCUGAGCGGGCUUCUCCCCCACCCCUCUCUGCCACCUGGCCAGCCUGUGGGUGGGCUCUUCCCCCCCAAAGUCAUGGCAUUCAUUAAUUGUUGUUCAGUGUAUGUAGCCAAUAGGAAAUUUGAUUAGCUUUUAUUAUAAUGAUGAUAUACAAAGUAUUAUUUGUUAUUUAUCCAAAAAUUACCUAAAAAAAAUGCAAGAAGCACAAAGGUUGAGCCAUGCACCCAGGAAGUUGGCAGUAUCUCAUAGCUGGUUGCUGGAGGGCAAGGCAGUACACUUUAGCAUUCAUAAUAACAACAGUUUGCAUCUUACAGUCUGCUGCUUGUCAUCUAAAAGCCUUUAGGCUAAGACCCUCGUACACAGUAGAAUGUUGAGGUUUCUGUCCUUACGCUUUACCCUAAAAUCAUGUUGCAGUAUUUCUACAGGCUUUUAAGUAAACAAACAAGUGUCCCUGCCCCCCCUGACAACCAAACACUAGUGUCCCAUCUGUCUGAAACUUGCGGCGAGACAAUCCCAGAAAACUUCUUAGGCAUCUAGUGUGGUACAGAAGGUCUACACAGUAUUCAAGAAGACCUUUAUGCGAGUGGGCUACUCGUAUCUCUGGGCACAUGUUUGCCAAGUAGAGUAGUUGAAAUAUAUUUUGUAAAGCUGAUUAGGAGCUUGGGUGAGGUUGUGCUCUCUUCAAGACCAUUGAGUAGCACUUGAUCAUCUGCUAAAUUGGACCACACUGGGAAGGCUAGUAAACACUAAUUUGCACAUAUCAGUUUCAGAGACUAUUUUUGUACAACUGUGGUGCCUUUCUAUGUGAUAUUCACAGUGUGGCACACGUCGGUCAUUGGUCAGCUCGGACAUACUUCACUGAUGCGAUAUAGUGAGGAGAAUGUUGUACCCUGUACUUUCUGCCUAAACCUGCUGCGUCCUUGUAUUCACCAAUUCGACCUACUCCAACUUCCUUGGGUGCAGUCAAGCAACUAUUUUUACAUCUACAUGUGUAGAACUUGUAUUUCCUGUUUAAAUCAAGUGUAUGUCAUGAUGAUGAAAGUAAAAGAACGUCAUCCUCUUUCUCCAUUUUAGAAGAUUCAAUCUAGCUGAUGGUCUCUUUCUCAAGUUAAUCUUAAGGGUCUCACUAGUUCAUACUAAUUCAAUUUUCCUGUGGCAAUAUCUUGCCCUACCACAACCCUCUUCCAGAGACCAUUUUAAAGGCCACAGCCCAGUUGAUCCAUUUGACUUACGGGGGUUAUCUUGCCUGCACGCACUUCCCAAAAUGACCACUGAUAACAUCUGAGCUGUUUCAUGUAUUUACUGAAACACUUGAGAAAAAGGCCUAGAAGUUUUGUGCCUCAUACUUGUAUUUGGAGGGAACAAAGUACCUUUACAUUUACUCUUCUAAUAUUGUAAUAUUUCUUAGAAGUGUGUAAUUUUCUCUUUUCCCACUGCUUUGAUGUAACCAACUUGUAUACUUAACUACUCUUGCAAUUGUACCUAUAAAUAUCAUUCAGAUGUGCUCCCCAGGUUUUGCCCACCUACUGAAUGCAUACUUGAUUUUUUUUUUUUUUUUUUUUUUUUUUUUUUUUUUUUUAUUUAUUUUUUUGCACAAAACUCGCGAAUUUUAUAAAUUUGAAUUUCAAGAAAUUUCAAUUUGGCUAUGAAUGUAUUUAGAACAGUAGGGCUUGAACCUGGUGCCACUCCCGCAUUACAUCUACUGAAACAACAGAUGCAGUCCCAUGCUUGGGAAACGGAUCAUAAAUUCUGGAGGGAUCACCAUCGCCAGAAAGACAGCUGAGUUGUGCCUUGACCAGCUUUGCAUCUUUUUACCUGUCAGUGCUCGCUCACUCACUAGACCCACCUCUCCUUCAUCUCCUGGCUGUUAGGGCUCUUAUCUGAUAGAAAAUAAUCAACCCCCCAGAGAAAACUCACAGGUGGCUACUUUGUAAAUGACUAAUGAGAAAAGAAUGAUGUGUCCCCGCACAGCUCAGGCACAACAACGGGGGAGGGGUAGGCACAGCUAUGGGUAGGGUGCUAGACCAACUCUCCUUUUGCACCUUCUUUGGUAAGGCCCACAAUAACUUCAUGUAUUAAUCUGUAUUCUUGAAAUCCAAACGGUUUUACAUUAAUUGUUUUUAUUGUGAAUGUGGAAAUGAUGAGUGUUCAUGCAUAAUUCUGCAUCUUAUUCCAGGAUGAUAUGAAUCUGUAUUUUGUGUUGACAAUGCUAGCUCCUUUAUGGACUGUCAUGGUAUUAGGCCAACAGACACCAUAUUUGUCUAUGUGGAUGGAUCUGAACAACAUGAGCCAGGUACUGUGUUUAAGCAUUAUCAUUUUGUAAUAAAUAUGUAUUUCGAUAGAAGUGUAUAUCACUUAAGACCUAGUAGGGAGGGCAAAUAGCAAACCACUGCGAAAGAAUCUCCCUCCGAGCGAGGCCGAGGUCAGUGCGAUGGUGUUCUUUAGGAGUCGCAGGCAAGCUCUUUGGUGGCUGCACCUCCAGAAGUGUGCAUCAGAUUAUGGUUGCCCCCAUUGUGUCUAGGCUAGAGGCUAUUUUGUAAGGUCAGGAUAAUGAACACUAAUGCCUACUACUCUGCUGCUACUGCUGCUGUUUUCUCUCUUCUCUUGCCCUCGCGUUGCUUUUGAAAACGUAUCUCUCUCUAUCCACACAUUCAACACUUGGCUGUUGAUUUAUUUGGAAAAGGUCUUAAAUAUUUCAGAAAAUAACUUCUCUACUCUACUGCUCUGUUAAUGAUGUGUUUAGAGCUAAUGGUACCUCAUCUUUUCAGCCCCUGUAUAUCCUGCUCUGUCUCCUCUCUCUCUCUUCUCUCAACAUUAAUGCUAGGUCGGUUUGGGUCAUGCUAGGCCACUAACCUUGUUCUGUAUUCACUUUAUUCUUUGUGUGAGCAUUAUUUUUUCAUAGUUCUCAAGCUGUCAUGAUAAACUAUACUGGAAUUGUUCCUUGGUUUAAGAAUGAGUUUUGUUUUGUCUUGAUUGACCAUGACACCUUGAGAGAUAAUUUUUUUGAGGCUAAGAUUGACCAUUUUGCCUUUUUGAGUUUUCUCGUGGACCAUUUUUUUCCUCUUGGUUUUUCAAGUUUAUUUUGUAUGUAUAUACAUUUUUGUUGGUAACUCCUGUGGCCUGAUAUUGACUAAGCUUUUGUCAAAUUGCCAAGGGUUACCAAGUUAGUUCCCUAGUGUCACCUGGCCAUGUCUCUAGAACACUAGCCACUAUUCCUGCCUCCUAUACCAGCUGUAUCUUACUAUCACUUGAUCCUGCAUACAUUUCUCUUAUAUGUGUUUGUAAAUGUACCACUCUCAUGUACUACUACUUGGUGUGUUAGUCAUAUCACUGUUCCAUUCUAUUACUACUACUACUACUACUACUACUCAGCUGUAUUUGUAUUUCAUUGUAGAGGUGCUUGGUUGACAACAUAAAGCCUACAUAUCUACUCUAA